AUGAUGAUGACGUGCCGUCUGCUGUGCGGCCUGCUGGUGCUCGCCCUGUGCUGCUGCCCGUCCGCGUGCGUGACAGCUCAAGACCCCGAUUCAUCGUCACCUUCUCCGGAGGUAAAAGGUGUGGCCAGGGCGGAAGGGGAAGCAGGUACGCCCGGUCAUUCAGUGUCAGGCGAUGGGGACAAUAAUUCGCCAGGUUCAACGGGUAAUUCCAAAUAUCCGGACGUAAAAAAAGAAUAUGAUGAUACGGAAGUGUCAAAAAAUGAUGAGGAGAUUAAGGUACAGGCACCAAAUACCACGACGACUACCACGACGACGACGACGACGACUACCACAACACAGGCACCGACCUCGACCACCACUACGACACAGGCACCAAGUACUACGACUACAGAGGCGCCAGCUGUGUCGACCACCCGCGCACCGUCACGUCUUCGCGAAAUCGACGGCAGCCUCAGCAGCUCUGCGUGGGUGUGUGCCCCGCUGGUGCUCGCCGCAUCCGCGCUGGCGUACACCACUGUGAGCUGA